UGAUAAAAUAAACAAGAUGAAACACAAGUUGAUAUGAUGAAGUUGGAAUGUGAUGAAGAUACAAGAUGAUGAAAACUAAAAGUUAAAUAAAAUGGAAAUGGUGAUAUUUAAAUUUUGGUGUACACCUCUCAUUUCUGUCCCGUUUUGGUGCAAUCAAAACGUCGUUUCGUGGCGAGGUAUACCAGAUGCAUACUGCCAGAGUCCCAGUGGUAGUGUACCAGUAGAGUAGUAGUAGCAGAAUUGUGGAGUAGUUCAAACGUUUGAUUGCUACCUAUCAUCUCUAUGAAAUCUAUCUAUCAUCUUAAUCUAUAUUUACACACGCAAAUCGUGGGCUGUCUCUGAAGAUGUCGAACACCCUGGCAACUGGUGGGGGUGACGCGCCGCCGCCUCAGCCGGCGACAUCCGCGGCUCCCAACUGCGGUGAGUUCCUUCUCCAGUUGCUCCAGAAACCUCCCAAUCGUCCUUCAGGUGCUCCUCCAUCAGCGCAUGCGCCUACGCUUCAUAGUCUGACUCAUGAUCCGGCAGUUGCCAGAGUGGGACCCUCUGUCCCGCUACCGCCAUCCUACCAGAAUCCUUCCAACGGUCUCGAUCUCCCUUUCUCUUCUUGGCAGCACUCUUCACCUCCAUCUGGUACGCCCUUCUUUGCCCCUCACGAUUUCUUCGCUCGAGGGUUUCCCCAAAACCCUAAUCCCAAUUUCUCCACCAGCCCGGGUGGCUUCAAUCUUACCCCGCAGCACGGUCCCCAACUAGGUCACCGCUCAGCCAUAGAAGAUGCCCACAAAGUCCACUUCUCUGGGUCGAGCUCCAGGCCUCGUUCUUCUAGUGUGUUGGAUCAAAAUCUCGUUUUUGGGUCUUUGCGCAUGGGGAUGCUGGAUAAUGAGGGCCCAAAUCUGAAAGAAACGGUAACUAGAGACUCUGAAAUUAGGAGCUUUAUUCACAACGGGAGAGAAACUACUAGUAGACAUGCUGGUAGGUCGACUGGUUUAGAGACUCAGUUUAACAAAUAUGCUCUACCCGGAUACCAACAAGAAAGUUCGGAUGGUAAUGCUAGGGAAAGGCACUGGAGAGAGAAUAAUAGAGUUCGGGUACCUUCGAUGAGCAAUCCUAACAAUUAUAGCACUGGAGGAAAAGCUGCAUAUGGUAAUGAGAUGAGAUAUUUUGAGCAUGGUAUGGAUAAGGGGAAGGACCAGCGCAAUGUGAUGAAUCAAAGGCUUAAUAGUCACCUUGAUCAGGCUGGUCCAUCACCAGGAAUCAAAAUGCCCUCUGUUUCAUCUUCUGGUUUUGAGAGGUUACACAGUGGUGAUGGUCCAAGCAGGGGAGAAUCCAGAAAUAGGGUUAAGGGUGAGAUAAGGACAGUUCAGGAUGAAAGCCAGAGUUUAGCAGAUCUGCAAGAACAACUUAUAAGUUCUCUUGGAAUUGAAGAUGGAUCAGAUGAGAGAGCAGAUAAGAAUAAGCGAUAUGGAUCCCGUGAAAGGGAAAAUAAUAGAUCUGAUAAUAGAGGGAAAUGGCUACUUGGCCACCAGAAGAGAAUAAUGAAGAGUCUAAUUGAAUGCCGUAGUGAUAUAUGCUCGUAUGAUGCCCCAUUUCUCGAUAUUUAUCAGUCAUUGAUCUCGUCUGAGGAAGAAAAAGCAAAGCAAGAGCAGUUAAUGACACUGCUGAAAAAAAUUGUUGCUAAAGAAUGGCCUGAUGCUCGGCUCCAUCCUUAUGGAUCAUGCUCCAAUUCAUUUGGGUUUUCAAAAAGUGACAUUGAUAUUUGCCUUGCAAUUGGUGACAAUGGUAUUAACAAAUCAGACCUCAUACUGAGGUUGGCUGAGCUAUUGGAAGAUGAAAAGCUCCAAAAUGUGCAGGCAUUGGUACAUGCCAGGGUGCCCAUUGUUAAACUCAUGGAUCCCGAAACUGGUAUAUCUUGUGACAUUUGUGUGAACAAUUUGCUGGCUGUUGAGAAUACAAAGCUGCUUCGGGACUAUGCACAGAUUGAUGCAAGAUUAAGGCAAUUAGCUUUUAUUGUUAAACACUGGGCUAAAACACGAGGAGUGAAUGAGACUUAUUGCGGGACACUGUCAAGCUAUGCGUAUGUUUUGAUGUGCAUUCAUUUGUUGCAGCAGCGGAGGCCUGCCAUCCUCCCUUGCCUACAGGGAAUGAAAGUAACAUACUACAAUAAUGUUGAUGAUGUCGAAUGUGCUUAUUUUGAUAAAGUGGAUGACCUUCUAAACUUUGGAUCUCGUAACCGAGAAAGCCUUGCUCAUUUAGUAUGGGCAUUCUUCACUUAUUGGGCCUAUUGUCAUGACUAUGCAAAUGAUGUCAUAUCUAUACGCACAGGAAGCAUACUGAGCAAGCGAGCCAACUCCUGUUCUUUUCGUAUUAUGGAGUUUAUUUCUUCUUUUUCAAAACAUUUUCUGGGUAUAUCACCUACCAUACAAACUCUUCAUUUUUGCAUCCAACUUGCUGGUUGAACACAUUUUUUGUUUACAAAUUCAUCACAGCAAGCGAGCUAAAGAUUGGACAAGAAGGAUUGGGAACGAUCGCCAUUUGAUAUGCAUUGAAGAUCCAUUCGAGGUUUCUCAUGAUCUGGGUCGAGUAGUAGACAAGUUCAGCAUAAGAGUUCUAAGAGAGGAGUUUGAACGUGCUGCCGAAAUAAUGCAGCAUGACCCAAAUCCCUGUGCGGCGCUCUUUGAACCCUAUGUUCCAAGUUGAACCAUCUAUCUACUACCUUGGAGUGGACACAGUCCAGUUCUCGUUCCAGGCAGCUGGUUCUGAUCACUCAAAACAUGAGCCUUAACUGGAGCUGGCCAUGCUCGGUUGGUUCUAAUUGAUGGUUUUCGUUCUACGUCAGUUCUAAACGGUGUUUAUUCCGUUACUAAAAAAAUUAAAAUCCCAAAACAGGCCAGUUCCGUGCCCGUGUUUGGGAGUAAUUGGAACCAAAUAUGGGUUUUAAUGGUUCCAAUUCUGGAUCGGAAUUUUGGUUCAGUUUUGAGUAGAAUUGGUCCAGUUCCAGCCCAGAACCUGAACCAUAUGUACCCAGUACCCUACUACUACCUCCACUACAUAAAACCAGGAGCAGAAGUGGUCACGUGUGCUGUAAAUUAAUUACCUUGUUUAAUUUUCUGUUUGUCUCAGCAAUGAUUUUUAUGGCUUUUAGUUAUUCUACGUGUUAGUUAAUUUUUAUCCAAGUUCUAUUUAUCCUCAAAAUAGCACUCAUGCGGG